UGCUACCAAAAAUCAAAGAGGCCAAGGAAUGUUGGGCGCUUUAGCAGGUGCAAAAUAUCAGCAACAGCUUUUAUUAGUGAUACUGUAUCAUGUAGCUAAGCUGAUAAAAGAGGACGAAGAUAUCGAAAUUACCAGCGAGGAUCCAACAGGCGGAAUGUUCGACGACAUCGGAGUUCGAUUCAAAGAUGGCGAUCAGUGUAGAAAACUUUUCAUGCAAGCUAAGUACAAGGACGAUAUGGCCAAAACCAUCACAUGGGACGACCUUACAUCAACGGAUAAAAAAGCACCAUUUGCGAUUAUACCGUAA